AUGAAAAAACCAGGUAACGGUUACCUCAUUUUCAGAGCUAUUAAGCUACUUGAACGUCAAGAUUGCAAGAAUCCAAUAAAAAUGGCGGAUCAUUCAGAUGUCACGAGUAAAGAAUGGAACGACCUGCCGCACGAAGAACAGCUAAUUUACUUUCAGAUUCACGAGAUAAUGAGUGAAAAAUAUAGGGUCAAUUUUGAUGACCCACAUUUUUUAGUAUUUGAAUAUGAUCCAAACUUUAAGGAGAAUGAAAAAUACAAGAUGAUUUUGAAUGGAAAACACUAUCAUCUUUGUGCGCAGUAUAAAAAAUGGUACGAUUUUCUGAAAGAGAUCUCCAAAUCAAAUAAUUCGACCUUGAAUACAACCAACCUAUUCUCUGGAAUCAUAACUCAAGAAUUGUCAAGUAGAGAAUUCUACGAUCCGAUUCACUACCCGUAUGUUAAUUUCGAGGGUAUGGAUGGAAUAUACCUUCCCCACGAUGGAACCACCGAAACACAUUUUUCAUACGAGGUCACAUUAGAAGAUAUUGUCGGAGAUUGCUAA